AUCCCCCUUUGUGGAUUAGGGAGAGUGUAGAGUCAGUCCCUUCUUCUUCUCUUCUCUCUACACAAAACAAACUGCGUCUGCUCUGCUCAGAGCUCCAACAAUGGCUGCCUGCGCCACUCACUCCUCUCUCAUGUUAGCAUACGCCGUAUCCACUCGUUCCCAGGAUCUUAACCUUCCAUCGCUUCUCUCCUUUGCCAACCCCAGACCCAACAACUUGAGCGUCGCUCUCUAUCCCCCGCUUCUUCUCCUUGGGGGAAGAAGAUGUGCUGCUAUUGACAGAGGUUCCAACCGAACUUUCCCGGUAGCUGUCUCCGCCGUCGCCGCAGAGGCGGACGUCGACACUGAUGACGCGGAGCUGAAUGAAGUUGGGGAAUCCACCGCCACCGCCACCGCCACUGCCGUCCUUGAUCCACCCAAGCCCAAGAAAGGAAAAGCCGCUUUGCUUCUGAAGAGAGAUAGAACAAGGUCGAAGAGGUUUUUGGAAAUCCAAAAGCUAAGGGAAACCAAAAGGGAGUAUGACGUCAAGACUGCUAUAUCUUUGCUUAAGCAAACUGCAAACACAAGGUUUGUGGAGUCGGUAGAAGCCCAUUUCCGUCUCAACAUCGAUCCAAAAUACAAUGACCAGCAGCUGCGAGCAACGGUGAGCCUCCCUAAGGGAACAGGGCAGACUGUUAUAGUGGCUGUUCUUGCUCAAGGUGAGAAGGUCGAUGAAGCAAAAAACGCAGGGGCAGAUAUUGUGGGCAGUGAUGAUUUGAUCGAACAGAUAAAAGGAGGGUUCAUGGAGUUUGACAAGUUAAUUGCAUCCCCAGAUAUGAUGGUCAAGGUUGCUGGCCUGGGAAAGAUUCUUGGCCCACGAGGACUCAUGCCAAAUCCUAAGGCUGGUACCGUCACAGCUAACAUCCCUCAGGCUAUAGAAGAGUUCAAGAAAGGGAAAGUGGAAUUCAGAGCGGACAAAACUGGGAUUGUUCACAUUCCAUUUGGGAAAGUUAAUUUUACAGAGGAAGACCUGCUCAUAAACUUCCUUGCAGCAGUGAAAUCGGUGGAGACAAACAAGCCAAAGGGAGCAAAAGGAGUGUACUGGAAAAGCGCGCACAUAUGCUCGUCAAUGGGGCCAUCCAUAAAGUUGAACAUAAGGGAGAUGGUAGACUUCAAGCCUUCAGCUGCGAACUAAGCAACAACCACAUUUGUAAGUAAAUGAGGUCCUUUUGGGAAAUAGGCAAUGAGAGAGCUUGAAGAAUGGUGUUUUUGGGAGUGUAGGCGAGAGGAGUAACACCAAUAGAGUCUAGUCUGUUUAGUUAUCUUUUGCACCUCACCGGUUGUAUCACUAUGAUGGCCAUUUGCUUGUUGUCGUGAUAUAUAUUUGAUUAUUACUGUUAAUUUUGGCAAGAGCUGUACAGGUUUUUGCUUCGGACACAAAACUAUUGUUGCUCUCUAAAAGAAAAGACCUUAAAGUUCCUAUUUUUGGAUU